CUCGACAUGCCCGUACUACGCUUUUGAGUUUAAAAUAAGUACCUGUCAAAGAAGCGAAUAUAGACCAGUGGGCUCGACAAGAAAACUGCACAAUCUGCCCAUAUUGUCUCCAAGCCCCAAGUCUGUAAGCAAGAGAAUUAAAACCAACGGGGAACUCACACCCCGCUUAACAACACUACUCGCAUACAUCUUGGACCGGAGAAAGAGAUAUCAGGGGCACAUCGCGGGAAGUAACCCACCCCAGCUCCCAAGCAACCACCAGGUCACAGCCAUGCACAUCCUAGUGGUCAACGACGACGGGCCACCGAGCUCGCAGUCGUCACCCUAUGUGCACACCUUGGUCCGCGCUCUUCAAGGCGCCGGCCACACCGUGUCGGUCUGCCUGCCGCACACGCAGCGCUCGUGGAUAGGAAAGGCACACCUGAUCGGCCAGACCGUGAGGCCGACGUACUACCGCCCGCCGCCGCCGCCCGCCAACCCGGCAGGGCUCAUCUUCGACAAGGACGUGCCCGAGAGCGAGGGUAGCACACACAAGCGGCCCACCACGACGGGGGAGGAGGAGUGGGUGCUCGUCGACGGCACGCCGGCUUCGUGCGUCCAGAUCGGCCUACACCACAUGUUUGCCGACCGCGGCAAGGUCGACCUGGUGCUCAGCGGGCCAAACUACGGCCGCAACACGACGGCCCUCUUUGCGCUGAGCUCGGGCACCCUCGGCGGCGCUCUCGAGGGCGCCGCCUGCAGGGUCCCGUCCAUCGCGCUGUCGUACGCCUUCUUCACCCGGAAUCACGACCCGGAGAUCGUGGCGGGGGCGUCGAGGCACGCCGUCCGCGUCGUCGAGGCCCUGUUCAAGCAGUGGCCACAGGACGGGAGCGUUGACCUCUACAGCGUCAACAUCCCGCUGGUUGAGGGUGUCGAGAAGGCUCGCACGCUCUGGACACCAAUGCUGCAGAACUACUGGGCCGAUGGCGGUUGCUUCACGGCGGUGGAAGGCGCCGCAGACGAGGAUGAGGACGAGACCGAGGAGAGGAUCAGGGAGGGUUCCGGGGGUGAAGCUGCCGUUUCGAGUGGCGGCGGCGCUGCGCAGAAUGGUAAUGGGGCCGUUGACGGCAGCGAGGGCAAUGCUCCCGCCAGGACGCACAAGCACUUCAAGUGGCAACCCAGAUUCACGGAUGUCUACAAGAGCGUAGAGGAUGCACCGCCGGGUAACGAUGGAUGGGCGGUCAAGGAGGGCCAUACGAGCGUGACACCUCUUAAGGCCAACUUUUGGCAAGCUGCAACACAUUUACACGGGCAAGAUCUUAAGUUGCCAGUAUUGGAAUCUCGCGAGGUCACUGAAACACUUCCAAUCCGUUCGGGUACCGGGAGUUGUGGGGCAGCAGCUCAAGAUUCUGUGAAUGAGACGUCUCCGGAGGGCGAAAAGGGGGAGCAAAAGUCGCAAGACGGUGAUAAGCUGCAUGCUCUGAUCGCCUACGAUGAUCCCUACGUCCAACCUCUGAUAAUUGAUGCAUUGGGAUCAUUAUUACCUAGUGAUAAGUAUUGCCUGGUAGAUGUACCGGAACAAAACCCCGAGGACAAAGACAAACCAGUUUCACUGGCAAGCCUCAUACCUGGAGAUGGAUCAAAAGCACUUCAGGUUGCAUCAUAUGAGGCCAUAGACUUUGACUACGCAGCAGAGCAUCAAAAUACUGUCGUCAUCAACAGCUACAAAUUUCGAAAGGCCUUGAUACGGAAGCACUUUCUCGCCACAGCCGUCGAGAACUGGAUCAUCAAGUACCCAGACUCGAUACUGGCCCGGCACGUCAAGCCCAGCUCAUCAUUCGAGGUCGACUACGCCGAGUUUCUAGAUGACGCACUCGUCGAGGCCUGGGAUCUGCGCGCGAGCCUGGAGAACGAAGAGAAGAGGGAAUGGUGGAUCCUCAAGCCUAGCAUGAGUGACCGCGGCCAGGGGAUCCGGCUGUUCAGCACCAUGGAGGAGCUGCAGGGCAUCUUUGACGAGUGGGACGUCGACACGGACGACGAGGACGACGAGGCGGACGGCAUCAUGGCGGCGCACCUACGACACUUCGUGGCGCAGCCCUACAUCGACCCGCCGCUGCUGCUACCAGGCGACGGUCGCAAGUUCCACAUACGCACCUACGUCUUGUGCGUCGGCGCCAUGAAGGUCUACGUAUACCGUGAGAUGCUCGCCCUCUUUGCGGGCAGGGAAUAUCGAGCACCGUCUUCUGACGAGGGAGAGCUGGACGCACACCUCACCAACACUUGCCUGCAGCAGGAAACAACUGCCGCUUCUGUUACCGCUGCUACUAGUGACGCCAAGGAUGGCGAAGCACCUUCUCCUCCCCCGCUCGUGCGAAAGUUUUGGGACCUGCCAGAUGUGCUGGUCGAGGACAGGACGGACAUCAGCAAGGGGACGAUAUUCUCUCAGAUCUGCGAGGUGACGGGGGCCGUCUUUGAGGCCGCGGCCAGGGGUAUGCCGAUGCACUUCUCACCGCUCGCCAACGCGUUCGAGGUCUUUGGGGUCGACUUCCUCGUCGACGCACAGGGGGUGGCCUGGCUGCUGGAGGUGAACUCGUUUCCGGACUUUAAGCAGACCGGAGACGAGCUCCGAGAUGAUGUGGUGGCGGAACUGUGGAGGCAGGUGCUGCGCCUCGCCGUCGUCGAGGGUGGGCCUUUGAGCUUAGGAGGAAAAGGGGAUCGUGAUGCUCAUGGUCAUGAUGAUUCUGCCGAUGCUACUGAGACACACUCGGCGGCGGCUGGUGACGGCAAGAUGGUUCUCGUGAAGGAUGUAGAUCUUGGCAAGGAGGGCCUCUUGGGCUUUCUGGGGUGA